AUGAAUUUAGUCAUAGUCAUUUUAAUUAUUGCCACCCUACUCUCGGCCCUCCUGGCCACUGUAUCAUUCUGACUCCCCCAGAUAACCCCCGACCACGAAAAACUAUCCCCCUAUGAGUGCGGCUUUGACCCCCUAGGCACCGCUCGCCUCCCUUUCUCCCUUCGAUUCUUCCUCAUCGCCAUCCUGUUUUUACUGUUCGACCUCGAAAUCGCCCUCCUACUGCCUCUCCCCUGAGGAGACCAACUAGCUUCCCCCCUUUUAACCUUCUUCUGGGCCACAGCCGUCCUGCUUCUCCUUACCUUAGGCCUAGUUUAUGAAUGACUUCAAGGAGGCCUGGAAUGAGCUGAAU